GCCGACGUUUGUCAUUUCUCAACUGUACGAAUCCAUCAUGUCUACUUUGGCCAAGCUCUCCGUGGUCGCUGCCGCGUCCACUGCUGCUGUCGUUUCGUUCGGAAUCCGAAACAUUGCUCCGACCCCGCUCUCGUCUGUGCAGGCAACGAACUUGUUUGCACGAUUCCUCUCGACACCAGACCAACACGUCGAUGUGUACCAGACGACGUUGUCCAAACCGGUCAGUGUCGAGCUUGCGGCGAAGGCGUUCUUCCAGUCACCCGUGUUCCAGGCCGAACGCGUGAUCUUGCGUCUGGCGGGAGCAGGGAGCACCACGGACGCCGAGAUCGAUGCGAUGGCGUUCAAAGAAGGCGAACACGUCGCGACGUUCCGCGUGCUUGAGACAAAGGAAAACGAGGUGUUGUUUUGCUGGGACGAAAGCGACGCCGUCAAUGGGCACUCGUGGUUGGCGGUGACGGACUCUGGCCACACGUUGCUCUUUGGCUCGACAAUUCGCAACCGGAGCGCUUUCAUUCGAUGGGUGACCCCCCUGCACUUGGUGUAUGCGCAAAUAGUAUUGGCAUCUGCUCGAUAUCAGUUGGAGCGAUCGGCGGUGUAAGGCGAUGGUCGGCCUCCACCGAUUCCCUUCCACUCGAUGAAUCCUCCAUGGAACACUUGGCUGCUUUAGAUUGGCGAAACUAACCCAAUCUCUACAACAUUCGAGAACUCCGACGUGUUCCCUGUAUUCCAGCCAUGAGGGGUGGCAAGGCUGCCCCACUCCGGCACCGCUUCAGCUGUAGCAAGGCAUGGAGCGCUCCCAUGGACGUCGCCAUGUCGACUUUCUUAGCCCACACACGACAUAUCGAUAACGACGACUAAACAAUGACGCCCAUCCAGUGGAACUCCUUGUCUUGCACAUGGACAAAUCCCAUGGACGCCAUGAGCCCUUGACUGGCAUAGUUGUCGGAAAGCACAAAACAAUGCGGCUGCAGCCCAAACCAGCCGUCAACUCCACUGCGAAUCGCUUCUCGAUACGCGUCAAUAGUUGAUCCAAAUGCGAGUCGGACGAGCCCUUUGCGACGGUAGGCGGGGUCGGUUCCCACGAGUCCGAGAGAGAAAUCAUGGUGAACAAGCGCCCACGACACAGGAGUCUUGGUCGCAACCACGCGGACCACUCGCAUCAACUUGCUCAAGACUGGGUGCUUUAGCAGCUGCACAAUAUACUCGUCGCCGUAACCGAUACUGGACAAGCUUAGAAUGGGUGCUGCAUCGGUGGCCACCGCCGUGUCCAUCAUGUACACGUCGCCGUCAACGUUGAACGUGGCCCCGAUGGGCAACGAUUUCACGGGAG